AUGGCCUGGACAAUCUCGUUCAUGAAGGACGACUGCACGUGCAACGCGGCGACGCUCUUCAGCCUCAAGUAUCUGCGGACGCACCGCGCCGGCAGUGUCAAGUACAUUCGGUGCUUUCCGCACUGCUGCCCCGAGCACUCGUUCACCAACUUUUGCACGACGUCGCUGGGCAUCCGCGUCUCGAACGUCGCACACGAGGCGCUCGACGACGUGGCGUUCCUGCGCUUCCACACGACGACGGACGCGCUGCUGCAGCCAGGCCACGAGAUUGCUCAGCGCGCCGUGCUCGACGAUGUGCGCAGCCUCGCGAACCCGAAGGGCGAUUGGAUCCCGAGCCACAUGGGCCAGUACAACGCGCAAAACAAAGAGCUCUCGUUCCGCUUCAACCACAACAACAGCGUCGGGUGGCACUACGGCUGGAUGGGCACGUCGACCAAGGCCCACCGCACGUGCACGCACUACCUCGUCGCCUACAUUUUGCGCCCAACCUCCGCGUCCGUCUUCCGCGUGCUCGCGGUACAGCCGUCGCCGCCGUUCAUCGCCAAGCCCGCCUCCGGCGACAGCGACGCGUGCCACUGCGAAGGCGAGUUCAACGUCUCGGAAGGGCUCUUGCCCGAGACGCCGGCGCUGAGGCGCAGCGCGCUCAACGCGCCGCUGCCGUCGUCGUCGCUCUCGCUGGCGUCGGCGGCGUCGGGGACUGUGUACACGCCGCGCAUCUCGCUCGCCGAGUGCCAGCUGGCGAUUCUUCUCUUCUUCGUACAGGAAAUCCCUGCGUCCGUCUUCUUGACCGAGGCGCGGGUUCGGAACGUCAUUACGAGUCGACUCUUCCGCCCGCUCCUGGCGCGCUUUCAGGCGACGACGGCCGAGCACCCGCCGCUGAUGGCCUCGCGCGUCGCCCGCCGCCCCAUGUCGCACGUCGAGCCGAUCCAGAUCCUCUGCAUCGAAAUCCUCAGCUCGGUCGUCGACUUCUUCCUGGAUGUGAACCCGCGCCUCUUCAGCACGUACGUGUCCGUGCUCUUCAACCGCGACCAGCUCUACGAAGCGUACGCGCUGUGGCUUGCCGAGAUCCACGGCGUCGUCGUCUCGCACCUUGGACGGCACUCGGAGACCAACCUGACGCAGCUCGUCGCGCGCAUCGUGCAGGUCUCGUCGCAGAUUGACGAGCUGCGGCCGGUGCAGACCAAGCUCGCGCAGCUCCACAAGAUGGACGCGCAAGCGAGUCCUGGGUUCGACUACUUUGUCGCGCAGCUCCGCGAAGUCUUCUUGGCGACGGCACCGACGCCGCCACGCCCGGCCACGUCGGUCUUCACGCGUCACUGGACCUACCGGCAGACGGUCGCCCACACGUAUGCGCCGGACGUCGACGACCCGGCGCUCCUCUCGCUCGUCCGCGCCGCCUUGAUCGGCUUUGCGUUCGACGCCUGCCUCGACGAGACGACGUUUACGGUGCAGUCGGCGCUCGCCGUGUACGAAACGAUCCCGGCGGUCUUUGAGCUCGACGGCGUCGGCCACGUGUUUCGCGUGCUGCCUCAUGGCGAGUCGUCGCUGUGCCAAGUCGCGGGCUUGAGCCACGGCGACUACGUUGGCGACGUCGACGGCGACACGAUCCGCCUGCAGUUGUACAGCUGGCCGCUUGGCGACGACCGCACCGCGCAUAUCGUCCGCGUGACGCUGGUCGCGGACGACGAAGCCCUCGACGCGACGAUCGCCGUGUCGCGGGCGGCGCUGGCGCAGCCCAUGGACAUUUCGACGUCGACGGCCGCCGCCCGCAUCGACGCCUUCGUCGCGCAGGAAACCCCCGUCGUGUCGUACCACGUGGUGUACACGCCGCGACCGGACCACAGCGUGUCGUAA